CAUUGUAAAACUUGAUAUCAUAUUCGAGACUCGAUCAGUUGGUCGGUAAAAUUCGCCGGAAAAACAUUACUGGGUCAUUGAGAAAUCAAAGUAAUUGCAACGAAAAGGAAAGCAAGAAAAAAAAAAAGAAAAAAGGACUCGAAGUCGAAAUAAUUAAUUUUGUUUUGACGACUAACGAAGGCGUACACCUGUAUAAUAAUAUCCGGAAAACCCGUAAAUGCACUCGAUCGACGUCUCCGUCGUUGUCGUCCUGCAAGAAAUAUAAAAAUGUGAUAUCGUCUCGCGUAUCGUGUUUACCUGCCCUGAGGUGAUCGGUGCGUAGUUGUCUUAGCCGGCUUCCUAAAGGCGACGACGGCCAUCGGGAGUCUAAAAGUGUAGGAGGGGAGAGGGAGUUGAUUGUGUUGGGUUUGGAGGGUUGUUGGGUUCGUCAGCCCUCGGGACCUGCAGGGCGCGACGCCUCGAAUUUUUCAUAGAGUAUAUUAAAACUCAGAAAUCACGCUGGUAAAGGACAAAUUGACAAAGGAACAAACUAAUCACAAAAAAACAUGGAGCAGGACAAAAUCGUCCCGCAGGACUACGACCUUAUGGAUCGUAGAAAAUCGAAAAAUAACGCCAACUUAAACAGACAAGCUUCAUGGGAAGAGUACUGGGCAUGUGAGGUGAGCAUAUCGUCAGCACGUGCGUCGGUGAUGGUUUACGACGACGUAAACAAAAAAUGGAUACCGAGUGGUAGUUCAUCUGGUUUGUCGAAGGUACAAUUGUACCACCACCAGUUGAACAACACGUUUCGAGUGGUCGGGAGAAAACUUCAGGAUCACGAAAUCGUUAUAAACUGCGCCAUAUUAAAGGGACUUAAGUACAAUCAGGCAACUAUUACCUUCCAUCAAUGGAGGGACAACAAACACGUUUAUGGACUAAAUUUUUCGAGCAAGGACGACGCCGAUGCAUUCGCGAAAGCUAUGCUCCAAGCGCUCGACGUAUUAAGUAAUGGAAGUAAUAUUUCGAGGAGUCUCGGUCCAUCAGUUGCUACCGCAGCACCUGCACCGACCUAUCAACAACUGCAGCAACAAUUGUCGCAACAGCAACAACAACCUCCUCUGGGAACCGCUCAAUACGAAGAGGAUAUGGGAUACAGAACUAUGACCAGAGAAGACGUUGCGAUAAUUCAAGAGCGACGGAUGUCACAGCAAAGCCAAGUGAUGAGUAGCCCGAGUGCCAUAUCGCCCAGUUGUCCGCCGGUUUCAUCAUCUUCAUCAUCGCAACAACAGCAACAACAAUCGGGCCAUCAUAGAACUUCGUCGGCACCCCCGGCCCCGCAGCCUCCGGUGAUGUCCGGACCUUUAAUAAACCCGGCGGUAUCGCAAUCGCAGAUGCAGCAGCAGCAGCAGCAGCAGGGGGUUACCGGCCCGCCGAUUCCGCCACCGCAACCACCUGUCUCGGCACCCCCGUGCCCACCGUGUCCACCUUGUCCACCGUGCCCUCCGCCUUUGCAGGCUAUAAACAACUAUCAGCAACAACAAUCGGGGAAUCCGGUUAACGGGAUGACGAAUUGCAACGCGCCGAUACCCCCUCCUAUGCAGAUGAUUAUGGUUAACCAGUACGCAUCCUCCCAAAAUCCUAAUCAUCAAAUAAUGCAGCAGCAACAACAACAGCAACAAUUGCAGCAUAUGUCCCAACAACAACAACAACAACAACAACAACAACAACAACAACAACAGCAACAAUCGAACGUAGUGUACGGUGUUAAUAAUCAAGGGGUAAACCAGAUAUACGGUGGUAGUAAUUCAUCACAAUCAGGCAUUAUUUCAUCAGGUGGUGUUCAGAGUGGUAUUAAUAGUCAGUAUAAUAAAUCAGUAGUCAGUAAUCAGAACAACAGUAUUAACGGUAAUCAGUCCAAUUACAAUGCUCCAGCAUCGAGUGUUAGUCAAACUAGUUUGUACGGUUCUUCAACUGGUAAUAUUAGUAGCAGUAAUCAGCAGAUCGCACAAAACGGACAACAGCAAGCUUUAUAUUCGGUUAGUCAGAAUAGCAGCCAAUACGGUAGCAGCAAUUCGAUAAAUCAGUACGCGUCAACGGUUAAUCAGUCCCAAAAUCAGUACGCGGUAGUGGGCAACGGAUUGUCCCAGAAUAAUUCUCAGCAGCAGUACGCGACAAUACCAGUUGGUAAUAAUACUUCAUCUUCGUCAUUAUCGGCUUCAUCGUCGGCUAACGUUAUUAGCAAUUCCUCGAACCCGUCAUACGGUACCCCUUCGAAUUUGUUAAACCACUAUCACUACGGUUCGAUUACGACUAGUUCGGUUCUAAAUUCUAACUCGUAUGCUCCUCCGAUCGGCAGCAAUGGGCCACCUCCACCACCAAUGGGACCACCCGGUGGCCCUGGUGGCCCUGCCGCUCCACCUCCACCUCCACCCCCGCCCGCACCCAACUCUAACUCGUCUAAUCAGCUCCUCAACGACGCACCACCCGACACGAACUCCCUCGCGGCUGCCCUGCAGGCUGCGAGACUAAAAAAAAAACAGCAACCCCAGCCCAUAGAAAAUAGUGGUUCGAGUACAAGCAGCAGUGGCAGUGCAACAGGAGGUGGCGGUGGAAAUUACGGCACCCUCGGCCGUGGCGGGGGCGGAGGAAUGGCAUCGAUGAUGGACGAAAUGGCCAAAACUCUGGCACGCAGACGCGCAGCUGUUGAGAAGAAACAACCUGAACAGCCUCCGGAACCGGAAAAUUCGCCCGGAAAGGGUAACUGGGACAAGAAUGGCGGUUCUUCAAACAACAAAUUUUCAAACGGAGGCAACGGAGGUGGAGAUUCGCCGAAAUCUGCCCGUAAAAGAUUUGGAUCAGCUUCCGAAGAUACAUUGCUCAAAGUUAAUGGCGUUAACGACGGUACACCAUUAUCCGCACAAGAAAUGGAGGCAUUUAAGGCUGAGAUAAUAAAAGAUGUACGCAGAGAAUUCCAAAAAAUGAAGCAAGAGAUAAUCGAUGCGUUGAGGUCCGAAUUAAGCAGAAGGUAAAGGUAAAGAAAACAUAUAUGAAAAAACGUUACAGUCUCUGCCUUAUAUAGUAUUAUUAUUAUAUCGGCAACAAUCCAGCUUCUUCAUUUUUCUACUACCGCGCACAGCGUUAUUUAUUAAUGAAAUUAAAAAUUUUGAAUAAAAUUUGUAAUUCUGAAUCGCGCGCGUACAUUAGAUAAAUUAUCAUACGCAUGUCAUCCGAAUAGAGAGAAGAAGACAUAACAAGAAAAAGACUACAAUAAACGCAAGACGAAAUAAAACGAAGAAAUUCUAAUUCGCAUAAAUUGAAUUAUCGAUAAAAACAUAAAAACCAAAAAAAAAAAAAAUUAAAGAAACAGACAGAAUAAAAAUCGACAUCCCCGUAAGAAAAAAAUCAUCUCAUUUCGAUUUUUAAACACGCGUAACAUGAGGUUUUUUAAAACAUAAUAAUAAUGAUACAUAAUAAUACAUAUAUACACGAUAUGUAGCUAUAUCCAUAUGUAUAUCAGCCAUUUGUAUGUAAGUCUAAAAAAAAGUAAUGAUAACAACGGUUAUUAAUAAUUAACUUUUAACUUAUAUAACUUAAACUAUGAAUAAUUGAAUGGAAUAAUUAUAGUAAUAAUUAUGUAUAGAUGUAUGUGUUACAUAUAUGAUAAGUAUAUGUAUGAAUACCUAUACAUACGUUUCAACUGUCUCUCAUCUACAUAAAAAUAAUUGCCUAAAAUUAUAUUAAAUACAUUUAACUAUAACUAAACAUUAAUAAUAGUAAUCUUUCCGAAAAUUCAGGAUGAAUCAUUUCCACGAAAUAAUAAUGAUAAUAAUAAUAAUAGUAAUAAUGAUAACAACAGCAACACGAUAAUAACAAUUACACGAAUAAAUAACAGAUACAUGUAAUUCCCAUGAUCGCAAUGUCACCACAAUUUAGGUAUAAACUGCGAGAACAUACUUCAUGAAAUCCUCAUUACGUUUGAGAGCUGUGAGAAUUGGAUAAAGCAAAAGUUUGAGGAAAUUCGGAGGAAACAAAAAUUUUGGAAACGCCGUAAGUAAAGCAAAAACAAUAAAAGAUAUAUGAUCGAAACAAAUGAUAGGGAUCAAUACAUAAAGUCAUUCACAAAUAUAAGCGUUCUGUGGUAUAUCUGACAUACUUUACUCUAUAUACGUAUGUAGUUACAUUUAUUAGAAUGUAUGAGAGGAGUGUGAAACAAAAAAAAAAUAUUUCAAAAAGAAAAACGAAAAACUGAUGACAAAACUGUGCACACCGCCCCGUUAUUCAUACUUAUAAAGAUAAUCCGGUAAUUUAAGAUCGUCAAUAUCGCUGAACAAUAUUUUUACCGCUACCGUGGCACAAAAAAAUUUUAAUGAAAUAGAACAAACAAUAUUCAAAAUGAAUGAGUCAAAUAACACUGCGAUAACGUAACUUUAAUAUGACUAAUGAUUAUCAUCAUUCUUAUAAAUAAAUUUGAAAUAUUUCCGCACACGUGCAUUAUUCCAAUUAUUAUUAUAAUUAAUUAUUUAAUUGAUUAGAUCGUGAUAUUCUUUUUAUACAUUGUUUUCUUGUCUUUUUAUAUAUAUAUAUAUAUUCUCACAUACCUUGUUAGAUUAUAUCGAUAACUGAUUUCUUUUUUAGAUUCCUUUUUUUCUUCGUUUUUUUAGAAAUGACUUUGAUACGGUAGUAUACACAUGCUUGUAAUCUUAGAUGAAAUGAAACUCGAAGCAAAAAUCAAUAAAUAAAUAAAUGAUACUAACUACGUGUCAAAAUAUUGCUGAAAAAGAAAAAGAGAAGUAAUAAAUGAUUAAAUGAAUUCGGGAUGAAAUUAUUACAUUGAUAAUUGAUGAUCAAACCAUAAUGAUUAAAUAUAAUCAUUGAGGAAAAAAAUUAUAUGUACCACAGACUACACGUAUAUGGUAGGGUGUAACUGCAUGUUGUAAGUAUAUCAAAAAAUGCACACAGGCUUUUACUUUCCUUUUUCUUUUUUUUUCUUUCUCUUGUCUCGUGAACGCUUUAAAAGUAUAAUAAUUAAAUAUAAUAUAUUACAUGUACGGUAACAACAUGAGAAGUUCACAUAUAAGAAAUUCUGUUAAAAGUUGUAUCUAAACAUGAUUAUAAUAAUUAUUGAAAUAAUAUUAAUACUGAUACUAAUCGUAAUAAUAAUAGCAACAACAACAACAAUAAUAGUAAUUACAAUGGUAGUGAAUAAUUUAAAAAUAAUAUAAAGAGAUGUGGCCAACGAAAAAAAUCGAAGCAAAGUGACAAAGACAAUUAGAUGAGAGAAAAAAAAAUAAUAAUAAUGAACAGUUAGUAAGAAUCAAAGCCUUUUUUUCUGAUAUAUAUAUACAUAUAUACGUAUAUAUUUUUUUCCUCCCGACAAAGUUAAUGGAUACAGAAAAUUGCAGCACACACAACAGUAAUAAUAAUAUCUAGUAAUCAUUACUGACGACUUUUUUGACUGAUGUAUACAAAUAUUAUUAUUAUUAUACACGCAACAAUUUAUGUAUUUUAUCAAAUGCAAUACUGUAUUAUUUAUACAUAUAUAUCUAAUGUAAUAUAAAGUAUCGUAUACCUUACAUAGUAUUAUGUAGGUAUACAUACAGAAUGAUUCGAUUCAUAACUAUAUAGACUUGAAAUUGAACUGAAUUUUUAUUGACGGAUCCGUUAGUGAAUUUUAAUGAAAUUCCGAACAGACGAAAGAAUGAAUAAAAUAAAAUGAAAUGAGAAACAACCCAACAAAAAAUUUCACACGGUAUGUACUAUGAGCAUACCUGUAACUCAUGCGACGACAUCGAGUAUACAUGAAAAAUAAAGUAAUGAUAAUAACAAUAACAACAACAACAACAACAACAAGAAUAAUAAUAACGAUGAUAAUAAUGAUAAUAAUCUUUUUUUCGUAUUAUAUAUUCGGUUUUGUGUUUCUCUUUAUUUUUCACGUCUUCGUGUUUCGCUAUUCACUCAUACUUAAUAAUUAUCAUUCACUUUUGUACCUAUCUAUCCAUGUAAUUCUAGCAUCUACUCGACAAGUCGACUACUUAAUUUCUAUGCCAUUUAUAAAAUUGCAUUUAAUUUUAGUCACAAUCGUUACUCCUUUUAUAUCCUUUGUAUAUUAAUUCAUAGUUAUAAAACAAUCUCAUUAUAUAAAUUAACGGGAUUUAUAUACAUUUUGCAAUAUAUAUACAUAUAUAUAUAUGAUACUUUUGUAAAUAUAUAUAAUCUAUUAUUAUUAUUUAUUAUGUGUAUAUUAUCUAUAAUUACAUACAUAAAACGAAAAAUCCACAAAUGAAUGAAUAAAAUGUUUAAUUGGUGACAAAUGAAAAAACAACAAUUUAUUAACGAACAAAAUUGCACGGAUAAAGAAAACGAAAUAAUUUCGAAACUCUACAUACGUAUAAACAAUUUUCAUAAUUAAUAUUCAUUCCAAAAUAAAAAUAUAUAUACCAUAAUGUCUAACAAUUAAUAUGUAUGUUGAAUUAUAUUAAAACUAUACAAAACUUGAGCUAGAAGGUUAGACGCAUAGGAUCUGAUCAUCAUUGUCACCGUCACCGUCAUCAUCUUCAGAAUUAUUAUUCUAGUUAAUAUCGCUAUGAUUUUUACUAGAAGUACAGACGAAACGUGUGACACAAAUAAUGAUUACACCACAGAUAAAUUGAACAUUACACCAUAUUGUUAUUAUUGUCAUCAUUAUUCUUACUAUCCCUGUUGUUAUUGUAAUACAAUUGGAAGAAAAAAGCUGUAUUUACGACACAGGAUAAUAAUAAUAACGAUAACAAUAACAAUAACAAUAAUAAUAUUAAUAAAUGAACUGAGAAGUGUUUUCUGAUAUCGCGGUUUGCGCGGUAUAAGUGUACAACACACGCUUAUACGCCACAUAAAAGUGAAUAUAAAAUUAUUACAAUAAUAAUAUACAUAAGACAUAUACAAAAAUGUACACAUAAUCAACUCAACAAGUUAUACACUAUACAUAACGUAUAAUUAUUAUAUCAUGCUCUCAUUGUACGUGAAAUUUUCUUUGUCACUAACUCGCAUUAAGAAGAAAAAAAUGAUAAGAAUAAUGAUAAUGAUGAUAAUAAUAUUAGUGAGAUAAUAAUUAAAUUGAACGAGUGAACAAAAUAAAAAAAAAAACAUACACACAAUCUCAAUCUAGCACAGAUAGUAUUAUUGGACAGCAUUUAAUUAAUGUCUAUUUCAUACAAAUAUCCUUUUUUUUUAAUUAUUAAAUUGUUGUUAUUGUUAUUACUAUUAUCACAAACUAUAAACCUACAAUUAUACUGCUAAUUAUAUACCUAUUACUAUGAGUAUUACGUAAGAGUGUUUGUAUAUUGUAUUAUUCUAUAUAAUAUUAUAAUAUAAAUGAAAUAAAAUAGAGGAAAAAAAUAAAUAAAACAAAGUGAAAAGAACGUGUACGAAAAUCGUCGUCAUCGUAGUUUGAAAAGACAAGUAUAGAGCAAAAUUUGAGAUUCGCCAUACGUUGAUUAUUUCUUCUUUUUUCCCCUCUCAGCGAGACGUAUGGUAGUGGGAAAAAAGAAAGAAGAGAAAUUAGGAAAAAUUGAGGAUCGAAAAUUGUGGAACGAAAAGAAAUUACCAAAAAUUCAAAUCUCUAUUAUAAAUAUAGAACAUGAUAAAUCAUCAGUCAACGAUGAUAAUUUUAGGUACGAAUCGUAAAUACUUAUUUUUAGGGGUAGGGUAUCUAUUAUUAUUAAAAUUGUCAUUAUUAUCAUUUCUAUUAUUACGAAUAUCAUUCCUGUCGCUGUUUUUAUUAUAAAUGUUGUUAUCUGACUAAUUGUAAGGGCGAACAUUGCA